AUGGUGCUCGCGGCCCCGCUGCUGCUGGGCUUCCUGCUCCUCGCCCUGGAGCUGCGGCCCCGGGGGGAGGCGGCCGAGGGCCCCGCGGCGGCGGCGGCGGCGGCGGCGGCGGCGGGGGCCGGGGGGGAGCGCUCGAGCCGGCCGGCCCCGUCCGUGGCGCCCGAGCCCGACGGCUGCCCCGUGUGCGUGUGGCGGCAGCACAGCCGCGAGCUGCGCCUGGAAAGCAUCAAGUCGCAGAUCCUGAGCAAACUGCGGCUCAAGGAGGCGCCCAACAUCAGCCGCGAGGUGGUGAAGCAGCUGCUGCCCAAGGCGCCGCCGCUGCAGCAGAUCCUGGACCUGCACGACUUCCAGGGCGACGCGCUGCAGCCGGAGGACUUCUUGGAGGAGGACGAGUACCACGCCACCACUGAGACUGUCAUUAGCAUGGCCCAGGAGACCGACCCUGCGGUGCAGACAGAUGGCAGCCCUCUCUGUUGCCAUUUCCACUUCAGUCCCAAGGUGAUGUUCACAAAGGUACUGAAGGCCCAGCUGUGGGUGUAUCUACGGCCUGUGCCCCGCCCAGCCACAGUCUACCUGCAAAUCUUGCGACUGAAACCCCUAACUGGGGAAGGGACUGCAGGAGGAGGGGGUGGAGGCCGGCGUCAUAUCCGUAUCCGCUCACUCAAGAUUGAGCUACACUCGCGCUCCGGCCACUGGCAGAGCAUCGACUUCAAGCAAGUGUUACACAGCUGGUUCCGCCAGCCACAGAGCAACUGGGGCAUCGAGAUCAACGCCUUUGAUCCCAGUGGCACAGACCUGGCUGUCACCUCCCUGGGGCCAGGAGCUGAGGGGCUGCAUCCUUUCAUGGAGCUUCGAGUCCUAGAGAACACAAAACGGUCCCGGCGGAACCUGGGCCUGGACUGCGAUGAGCACUCAAGUGAGUCCCGCUGCUGCCGCUAUCCCCUCACAGUGGACUUUGAGGCUUUCGGCUGGGACUGGAUCAUCGCGCCUAAACGCUACAAAGCCAACUACUGCUCCGGCCAGUGCGAGUACAUGUUCAUGCAAAAGUAUCCACACACCCACUUGGUACAACAGGCUAAUCCAAGAGGCUCUGCUGGGCCCUGCUGUACCCCCACCAAGAUGUCCCCAAUCAACAUGCUCUACUUCAAUGACAAGCAGCAGAUUAUCUACGGCAAGAUCCCUGGCAUGGUUGUGGAUCGCUGUGGCUGCUCCUAAGGUGGGGGACAGAUGAUGCCUCCCCCACUGACCCUACCCCUAGACCCCCAGCCCUGACUCCCAUACCCCCAGGCCCUCGAGCUCCCUCCACCUCUUCCCACGAACAUCACACCUUGUUCCCUGCCCAAGCAGUGUGCAAUACAACAGAGGGAGGCAGGUGGGGAUUGAGGGGUGAGGUGUUUGGGGGAAAGGGAGAAGAGGAGGGGGCAUGGUCAGGUGGGGAGUGUUUGAGGUUUGCAGGUAAGAAGGUUUGGCAAGAAGACAGAGAGACGUAGAGACAGAAGUAGAGCAGAGGGAUAGAGACAGAGGAACAAAAAGAGCAGUGGUGAGGAAGCAAAGGGAUAGAGAGGCAGGAGAGACAGAGACUAGGCAGAGAUAAACAAUGAGAAAGAGACCGAAAUGGAGUAACAAGAGAAAAACCCACACCAAGCCUCCUUUCUUCCACUGGCAAGGUGAGGGGUUUGGUAUGGUUUGGGGAGAUCCCCUGACUACCAUUCUCAGUAGGAGAAGAAAUCAGAAGUCCAUUCGUAGCUUCUUCCCUUUCUCCCUCCAGCACUGGCUGGGGGAAGGGAAGUGAGGGCAGGGGCAAAAGCAAGGAUUUUGGAAUUUUAUUUAUUUAUUUAUUGUGACUUUUCAUUUUUUGGUGUUUGGCUUUACUGAAAUAGAAGGGCCCCCGCCCACUGUGCCCCAUUUGCCCCUUAUUCCCCAAACCCUGUUCUCCCUCAAUACCCACCUUCUUAAGCACUUGUAUAAAGCCUCCAGGGUUGGGAAUGGGAGUAGAAGGCAAGAGGGCUGACACAUGGAAGUUUCUAAUCCAUAAUCACCCUACUUAACCUUCCUGAGCCAAACGGGUUGAAGUGAAUUCCAGCAGUCACAGAAACUGUAAGAGGUUAGGGUUUAGGAGCUGGGGGGUUGGAGGGGAAAGCCCUCAACAUCCAGGAUCUAUAUGAAAGCCACUAAACUAACCCUCAGGUCCACUCUCAUAGUAUUGAGUUAUUUCGCCAGAGGGUAUGGCCUGCUUAAGCCCAAAUUCCCCCCAGCCAAGAGAGAGACCAAAGAGCCUGUGGAAUGCCCCUGCUCCCAGCCUCUAUCUUCAGGUCAAUAAAAGAAAAGUAUAGAAAUCCCAGAGUCCCUGGGUCUGGGAAGGGUUAGGAGUCGUCAAGAAAGGAGGCUGAAGGUUACAGGGCGUUUGAAUCCAAAUCACUGCUCUGGGCUAGGGAAUACAGCCAGCAGACCAAGGUGGAAGGGAUUCUGGAAGGGGGACAUUUUAGUCCCCAACCCCAAAGCUCAGGGUGGAAGCAGGGAGAACAAGGGAGCAGAGUGUCUAUAAUUAUUUUUAUCUUUUAUUUUUGGAAUCUAGUAGUACCUGGCAGUAGGGAGGGGACAAAACAGUAGGGAGAAGCAUCUGACAAGGCCAGUUAGAGCCGAGGAUGGGAAGGAUGGAGACUCCCUGGUUUGGAAGGCUAGGAAGCAGGCAGGGAUGGGUUGCCACUCCAAGUCAUUAGCUGGGCCUAUUCGUUCCUCCCACUAUCCUGUUCCACCCUCCUCUGGACUCACUGUGCCUCAGUUUCUUCCCCUCGAUGGAAUGAGAAAUAGCAGCACCCGCCACAGCCAAGAGAUGAAUUCUGAGCACUUACCACGGGCACUUUAUGGACAUAAAAUACCUCUCGCUGUGGGACAGAUAACCAGGGCACCAGAGUAGUGGUGAAGAGAUGUGAGGCUUAGAGGAGUCGCGGGCUUCAGAGUACAAGUUCCCCUCUGCCUCCCAGCUGGACAGUGCCUGAAGCCAAGGAGUUGAGAAUCUCCUGAUCCAUACCCUAUCCAUACCUCACCACCAGACCUCUUGGUUCCAGGCAAGAGCCUAGAGGAUGUCAGGAGAGGAGGGGGAAAGAACCUUCAGCAAACUGUCACUCUAAGUAGAGCCAGCAGUUAUGGGUCUGAUGCAAACAGUACUGAAGUAAAGGCCAAGCUGGAGAGCUGACCUGGAAGGCUUGUUCUUCCCAAGAGCAUGACUCUCCCGCCUGGCCCAACGAGUGGAAGGGGCAAAGGUAUGUGACCACCCUUGGGAAGGUGACGGUGAGCUUUAGCAUCUUAUUCCCAUUCCCACAGUGAACAAGUGAGAUGAGGUGUUUCGGUACAGGAAUGGGCAGGGGCUGUUAAGCAUUUCAACUCGCCUCCUCCCAUAUAGCAGCUGUGCUAACCCCCAGCCUCUCCUCUCUGGCCCUGUUCUUGACCCUUCCUUCUGCCCCAAUCUUGGAGAACGAGAUACACCUGACCAUCAACACCAUUCACAUUUCCUUGGUGGGAGGAGAGAAGCAGAGAAGUGAAGAACAGAAGAUGCCUCCUCCAAGGUCAAAUGCUCAUGUCUCUUGAUCUUGGUACAGGGUGGGGGUUAGGUAAUAGGCCUCAGGUGACCUCCCCAAAUUCUAGAGAGCUGGGACAUUAGACUUGGGGGACACCUAGAAUAUGCCCCUUUAAUACCACCAAAUAAAGACCUUUGGUGGUGGUGGUGGUGGUCUUUCUCUUAUGAACAUAAAUCUAUGAGUUGAAGUCUCAUUACCCUGGUCCUACUCACCCCAAAGAGGCAUGGGGUAAAGAGGCUUGGGGACACAGCCUAGAGACCUAGUGGGAACUAGCACCCCCCAUCUCCCACCUUAUAAUGUGUGUGGACCUGGCCAGUGCCCCUCCGAUCAUAAUUAGUGUAAUUAUUAUUUACUUUGUGUAUUUGUUACACUGUGUGUGUGAUUGCCUUUGUUUGUUAAGGGUGUCUGAGGAGUAUGGGGCUGCCAGGGGCACUGGAAUGCCGGGAAAGGACUUCUUCACUGAGAUCAAGGCCUCCUGGAGGGAACCAUUGCAAAAAGGCCAUCAGGCAGUUUCAAGUUAUGUGACAGAGGGCAAAGAUGGCCAUAGGGUGCUCUGAGUUUUGGGAUGGUCACAUGACACAAUCCAGCACUUGAACCUGAAAAAGGAAAAAUAAAAGCAGUCAAAGAGUUUAGAAUUCAGUGAUGAGCUCUUCUCCCUAAUCAAGCGCCACAUUUACACCUGGGACACCAGGAACAGAAGAGGAUCUGAGAGGAUGAAACCUUGUGCUCAAGGACUAAGAAGAUAGGGAUGUUUGGAGCAAGGAAAAAAACAAUAGGGGCAUUUGGGAUGAAGGUCGGGACAUGCAGCCCAGAGGACGAGCAGAGGAUGGGAAAGGGAGGACACCUAGAACAACUCUUCUCUUGAGAGCUUGACCCACAACAGUCUCAAAGGUUACAAAAACUCUCUCCCAGCCUCCACAGAAUAGAAGAUGUAGAAGUUCUCUUGAGAUGAUCCAGCUAAUGUCUAUCCUAUUCUGCAGUUCCCUGAUCCUACGUUUCCUCAAAG